AGGAAAACUCUCACUAUCACUGUCAGUUCAGUGUAAAAAUAACCUGCAAAUUCCUAAUCAUUUUGUUUUUCGCAAGAAAAUCUAUAAGGAUAAAUUAGAAAUAUGUUGAUCCGAUCUAUAAAACAAUCAUUGGGAUUGUUGCGACCAGAAUGUAUUCAAGUGACAUGCAAUGCUGGAAUAAAAUAUUUUCCUCCACCAAAAAAUUAUGAUCAUAUUGAAAUACCGGAGCGCCCAAGGCUGCGGAUGUUUGAAAAGGUGCCACAAUAUCCUUCAAACUUGAAACCACCGAAGAUGCAAAAAAGAUUGAGAUAUAUGAGAGGGCCAGAACUAUUGCAUAACAAACUUCAAUUAAAACAAUAUGGUGUUGUGGCACUUGGUGGUGGCAGAUUAGCACAUGAACAUUUUGAGAUGGCACGUUUGGUUGUAGCUCGUCAUUUAGAUAUGAAGAGAAUGUUUGCCAUUUGGAGAGUGGACCCUCCGUGGCAGCCUGUUACAAAGAAAGGUCAAGGACAACGUAUGGGUGGAGGCAAGGGAGCUAUCGAUCAUUAUGUCACACCUAUCAAAGCUGGCAGAAUUAUACUUGAAGUAGGAGGCAAAUGUGAAUAUGCAGAGGCACAUCAUAUGUUAAAAAUAGUAGCUGAAAGACUUCCAUUUAAAGCAAAGGCUGUAUCUCAAGAAAUUAUGGAGAAAGAAGAGGCAGAGGAGAAGUGGAAAGAAGAAAACAAUAAGAAUCCAUACACAAUGAAAUAUAUUAUUCAAAACAAUAUGGGUGGCUGCCACAAAAUGCUAUCGCCCUUCGAUCAUAAAUGGCAUGGAAAAUAUUUAUAACUUUAUUGUGGACAACAUAGUACUAUAUUU